GCCGUUCGAAAGAGUGAGCGCAUUGGUUUUUAAUCAGUUGCUAGAAACGGUUUCGUUGCAAGUGAAUAUGUCGCGCGUGUCGUUUGAGGAAUUUCAAGCGCAACGCGCUGAGUUCAUUGCCCAGGAAGAGAACCGAGCUCUGGGGGCGGACAUUGUCUUGAACGAAGACGAACGGAAAGUCAACGAGUACUUGAUGAAGCUGAAAAAAGCAGAAUUAGACAUAGGCUUCAAUACACCUAGCCAAUUUUUACCAUCGCGACAUUUCUUUCAAGUUGUGGAUAAAAUAAAGGCCUCCCCGCUGUUUCAACUGAUACAAAAAUUGCCCAAAGGAGGAAUUUUACACGCACAUGACACCGCGAUCGGUAGCAUGGAAACAAUCGUGAAAGCAACUCACAAGGAUCACCUGUGGCAGUACGGAGAGUUCGGUCGUGCCGAUACACCAAGGUUCAAAUUUUCCAGAACUAAACCUGAUGAGUUAGAUGGUUCCGGGUGGCGAUUAGUGGCCGAUAUUCGGAAAGAAAUUGGCAACGAAGGCUAUGAUCAUAAUAUUCGGAACUUAUUUAGUCUAUUCAACAAAGACCCACUGAAUUCUUUUCACUGUAUCAAUCACAUUUGGGGUAUUUUCGCCAAUAUUUUUAUGUCUCUGGAAGCGAUAGUUACUUUUAAACCUGUCUGGGAGGAAUACUUUUAUCAAUCAUUGAAAGAACUGUAUGCGGACAAAGUGUGCUAUUUGGAGUUACGCGGAGUGCUACCUCAGCUUUACGAUCUAGACAACCGCACUUAUGGGCCCGAAGAAGUGGUUCGAAUCUACUAUGAUCUAGUGGAAAAAUUCAAGAGCGAACAUGAGGACUUUAUCGGCGCUAAGUUUAUUUACGCACCGCAUCGUCUGUGUGAUGAUGCCACCUUCAGCCAGUACAUGGAUAUCGCGGAGCGAUUGCACCAAAAGUUCCCCACCUUCGUGGCUGGGUUUGAUCUGGUUGGGCAGGAAGACUUGGGGCGGCCGCAUAGCGAUUUCAACGAACGGCUGCUGAAAAUGAACCCAUCGAUACAGUUCUUCUUUCACGCGGGCGAAACUAACUGGAAUGGCUACACGGAUGAGAAUUUGAUAGACGCCAUUUUGCUCGGAACAAAACGAAUCGGCCAUGGAUUUGCAGCCAUCAAACAUCCCCGCGUGCUGGAGGAAAUAAAAAGACGCAAAAUUUGCAUCGAACUUAAUCCGUUAUCCAACCAAGUGUUGAAACUGGUCGAUGAGUUGCGGAACCAUCCGGGUACGUUCUACUUCUCCGACAAUUACCCGGUGGUGGUUUCCUCGGACGAUCCUGCCUUCUGGUGUGCUUCUCCGCUAUCCCAUGACUUCUAUGUAGCAUUCCUGGCAUUGGCCUCUGCCCGGCAGGAUCUUCGCUUGCUGAAGAAGCUGGCUCUGAAUUCCAUUGAAUACAGCGCAAUGUCGAAAGCGGAAAAAGUGGAAGCCAAGCACAAAUGGAACAUCUCCUGGAAUAACUUUAUUGAUCAGACUGUUAAACUGGUUGCGUAAUAGCUAUUGGAAGGUUGCAACAAAUUGUCAACAACAGUGGAGUCAGUAUUUAUGGCAUUGAUCACUUAUCGCUGCCACAAACAAUCGGUAGUGCUAGUGGCAUCUGCGAUAAAAGAACAAUCAUCCAUUGAAUAAAUUCCAACAAGCAGCGUUAAAUUACUUAACUGUUAUCAACGGAAAGUUACGAAUCUUAUCACAAGAGCAAUAAAUCAUGGGAAUGGAUGGUUCAUUGUUUCCAUUUUUUGUUACUAAGUUCGACUUUAUAUUUAGAACAGAUCAAAAUAUAAAGCAGUUUAU